CAGAGAGAAUGGAGGACACUGAAUGGAGGCCAGUGGAGGGAUUGGCAGAGAGGGGUUGAGGACACUGAGUGGAGGUCAGCGGAGGGAUUGGCAGAGAGGGGUGGAGGACACCGAAUGGAGGCCAGUGGAGAGAUUGGCAGAGAGGGCUGGAGGACACUGAAUGGAGGUCAGUGGAGGGAUUGGCAAAGAGGGGUGGAGGACACUGAGUGGAAUCCAGUGGAGGGAUUGGCAGAGAGGGGUGGAGGACACUGAAUGUAGGCCAGUGGGGGGAUUGGCAGAGAGGGGUGGAGGACACCGAAUGGAGGCCAGUGGAGAGAUUGGCAGAGAGGGCUGGAGGACACUGAAUGGAGGUCAGUGAAGGGAUUGGCAGAGAGGGGUGGAGGACACUGAGUGGAAGCCAGCGGAGGG